AGGGAGAUGCUGCUGCUGCUGCUGCUGCUGCUGCCGCCACCACUAGUCCUCAGGGUUGCUGCAAGCCGAUGUCUACAUGAUGAGACACAGAAGUCUGUGAGCCUUCUCAGGCCCCCUUUCUCCCAACUCCCCUCAAAAUCUCGCUCUUCCUCCCUCACCCUCCCUAGCUCCCGUGAUCCUCAACCCCUACGAAUCCAAAGCUGCUAUCUAGGAGAUCGUAUAUCAGAUGGAGCUUGGGAUCCUGAGGGAGAAGGGAUGAGAGGGGGAUCCCGAGCCCUGGCCGCAGUGAGAGAGGCCACUCAGCGAAUCCAGGCUGUUCUAGCAGUCCCUCCAGUGCAAGGACCCCUGCUUCUGAGUCGAGACCCUGCACAGUAUUGCCACGCUGUCUGGGGAGACCCAGAUAUCCCAAACUACCACAGGUGCAGCCUCUUGAACCCAGGGUACAAAGGAGAGAGUUGCCUGGGGGCAAAGAUUCCUGACACCCAUCUUCGCGGUUAUGCCUUGUGGCCAGAGCAGGGUCCCCCACAACUGGUCCAGCCAGAUGGGCCUGGGGUCCAAAACACUGAUUUUCUCCUGUAUGUGCGAGUUGCUCACACUUCCAAGUGCCACCAAGAGCCCUCUGUCAUAGCCUAUGCUGCCUGCUGCCAGCUGGACUCAGAAGACAGGCCCCUCGCUGGUACCAUUGUCUACUGUGCCCAACAUCUCACCAGCCCCAGCCUCAGCCACAGUGACAUCGUCAUGGCCACAUUACAUGAAUUGCUCCAUGCCUUGGGUUUCUCUGGACAGCUCUUCAAGAAAUGGCGAGACUGCCCCUCAGGAUUCAGUGUUAGAGAGAACUGUUCUACAAGGCAACAAGUGACAAGGCAAGAUGAGUGGGGACAACUGCUUCUCACUACCCCAGCUGUUAGCCUCAGCCUGGCCAAACACUUGGGAGUGUCGGGGGCUUCCCUGGGUGUUCCCUUGGAAGAAGAGGAGGGCCUUUUGUCCUCGCACUGGGAGGCCAGACUACUCCAGGGUUCUUUAAUGACUGCUACCUUUGAUGGAGCCCAGCGCACUCGACUCGACCCAAUCACCCUCGCUGCCUUCAAAGACUCAGGCUGGUACCAGGUCAACCACAGCGCUGCAGAGGAGCUGUUGUGGGGCCAGGGAUCUGGCCCAGAAUUUGGCUUGGUGACCACAUGUGGGACUGGCUCCUCAGACUUCUUCUGUACUGGCAGUGGGCUGGGCUGCCACUACCUGCACCUGGACAAGGGAAGCUGCUCCUCAGACCCCAUGCUGGAAGGCUGCCGCAUGUACAAGCCCUUAGCCAAUGGGAGUGAAUGCUGGAAGAAGGAAAACGGAUUCCCUGCUGGGGUGGAUAAUCCCCAUGGGGAGAUCUACCAUCCCCAGAGCCGUUGCUUCUUUGCCAACCUCACUUCACAGCUGCUCCCUGGGGAUAAGCCCAGGCAUCCUUCUCUUACCCCACACCUCAAGGAAGCAGAGCUCAUGGGCCGCUGCUACUUACAUCAGUGCACAGGGAGGGGAGCUUACAAGGUGCAGGUGGAGGGCUCGCCUUGGGUCCCAUGCCUUCCUGGAAAGGUUAUACAGAUACCUGGGUACUAUGGUCUUCUCUUCUGUCCCCGGGGUCGGCUGUGUCAGACUAAUGAAGAUAUCAAUGCUGUUACUUCCCCACCUGUGAGUCUUUCAACCCCAGAUCCACUAUUCCAGCUCUCUUUAGGAUUAGCUGGGCCUCCAGGACACUCUCUGGGGAAGGAACAGCAAGAAGGGCUAGCUGAAGCAGUACUGCAGGCUUUGGCAAGCAGAGGCGGCACUGGCAGGUGCUAUUUCCACGGCCCAUCAAUUACCACUAGCUUGGUGUUUACUGUGCAUAUGUGGAAGUCCCCUGGCUGCCAAGGGCCUUCAGUUGCUACGCUGCACAAGGCCCUGACUCUGACUCUCCAGAAAAAACCCCUAGAAGUGUAUCAUGGAGGAGCCAACUUUACCACACAACCCAGCAAGUUGCUGGUUACUUCAGACCAUAAUCCCUCCAUGACCCACCUAAGGCUGUCCAUGGGACUCUGCCUAAUGCUGCUAAUCCUGGUGGGUGUACUGGGAACCACAGCCUACCAGAAAAGAGCCACUCUUCCUGUGAGACCAUCUGCCUCUUACCAUUCACCAGAGCUCCACAGCACAAGGGUCCCAGUUAGAGGAAUAAGGGAGGUGUGAUGUUGCCCAGAACAUGACAGGGGGUAAGGAAGAGAAUAAUUUCUUGUGAGACAACUGGAUGGAAAAUCUAUUGUGUAUACUUAAUUUCUACUUUCUUUGGAAUGCCUCUU